GCAUGGCGCAAGUCGGGCGCUAUCGUUUUCUUUCGAUUGCGGUGGUCUUCCACCUCGUAUACAUUUACAGCAUUUUCUCAAUUUACUUCGUGAGCCCGAUUGUUCAUGGCAUGCGCGAGCACCGUGUAGAGGCUCGGGAACCGCCCGCCAAAAGGCUGGUGCUCUUCGUUGGAGAUGGCCUCCGCGCGGACAAGGCAUUCCAGUCGUUUCCUGAUCCCAAUGCCACAGAUCCCAGUUCCGAAGACGCGAAAGUACCCCGCCCUCUUGCGCCGUUCCUAAGAUCUCGAGUCCUCGAACACGGAACCUUCGGCGUCUCUCACACUCGAGUACCUACCGAAUCUCGACCCGGUCAUGUCGCGCUAAUUGCAGGAUUAUACGAGGAUGUAUCUGCGGUUAUGACAGGGUGGAAGCUGAAUCCGGUAAAUUUCGACAGCGUCUUCAACCGAAGCAGGCAUACAUGGAGUUGGGGCAGUCCGGACAUCUUGCCCAUGUUCGAGCAGGGAGCAGUACCGGGACGGGUAGAUGCGGACAUGUAUGGCGCAGAAGAUGAAGAUUUUUCCAAGGAUGCAUAUCACCUGGAUGAAUGGGUUUUUGAGAAGGUCAAGAAGCUGUUCCAGGACGCAAAGACGAAUACGACCCUCGACGCCGAAUUGCGGAAGGAGCAAAAUGUAUUCUUCCUUCACUUGCUAGGGCUGGACACUACUGGCCACUCGGACCGACCGUAUUCGACGAAGUACCUCUACAACAUCCAGGUCGUGGAUAAGGGAGUUCAGGAGAUCACUAAGCUGAUCGAGGACUUCUAUGGAGACGGAAAGACGGCGUUCGUUUUCACGGCAGAUCAUGGCAUGAGCGACUGGGGCAGUCAUGGCGACGGACAUCCGGACAAUACCCGCACGCCGCUAAUCGCAUGGGGCUCCGGCGUCGCGGCCCCGAUCGUGAACAAAUCCGGAGUAGCCAACGGCCACGAAGACGGCUUCUCGUCCGACUGGGGCCUUGACCACAUACAACGGCACGAUGUCGCCCAAGCCGAUGUGGCAGCUCUCAUGGCCUACCUUGUGGGAUUAGCUUUCCCGAGUAACUCUGUCGGAGAGCUGCCCCUUUCGUAUCUGGACACGGAUGCUAAGUCCAAGGCCGAGGCGCUUCUGGUGAAUGCAAAAGAGAUACUGGAAAUGUAUCAUGUGAAGGAGGAUUUGAAGAAGUCCACCGAACUCUAUUACAAGCCCUUCCCAGGGUUAGGCGACGAAGCGCACUCCGUCGACUUCCGGAUCUCACGAAUUCAGGACGCUAUAGACACAGGGAACACAGAUGAUGCCAUCCGCCAGUCCAACGAACUAAUUCAGCUCGGUCUUCAAGGCCUCCGAUAUCUGCAAACCUAUGACUGGCUCUUCCUCCGAACACUGGUGACCGCCGGUUACAUUGGCUGGAUCAUGUUCGCUAUCACAACCGUCAUCGACCUCCAUGUCCUCAACGAAGAAUCAGAGACUUUCAGGACCGUGCCGAGCAUGAUUGUGUUUUCAUCGGUACUUGCGGCUUUAUACUCCGCGCUCUUCGUGCAGCAGUCGCCGUGGAUCUACUACGCUUAUGCUUUCUUCCCGGUCAUGUUCUGGGAGGAGGUAUGGGCUCGACGACCAUCGCUUAUUAAAGGCAGCAAAGUUCUUUUUGGCCAUAUCAAUACUCAUGGCGACAUCAUUAGACUGACGCUUUCUACGCUUGGCUUCUUCGGGCUCCUGGAAGCAUUGGUCCAAAGCUACUUCAAGCGAGAAAUUUAUACCAUUUGCUAUUUGCUAGCAACGACCUGGCCGGCGUUCUACGGUCACGAGUUCAUGAAACAGAAUCUUCUGACUGUUGCAAGCUGGGUUUUAUCGUGCAUGCUAAUGAGCGUGUUCACGAUGCUUCCAGCAAACAAAAUAGAGGACCUCACAAUGAUCAUGACGGGAGGCAUCCUGAUGUUCGCCGUUGGCGUUCUAUAUCUUCUCUUCGAAAAGAGCAUCCUUGCGGGUGCAGAAUCCGCUGACGAGGAGCUUGUUACUUCGGGGGUAGAUGUCACGUCUCGGAUCAUAGUGGGCUUCCAAGUCGGACUCGUUGCUCUGGCAAUGUACGUCACAAGAUCUAGUGUGCUGCAUCUUCAGUCUAGGCAGGGUCUACUGACUGGACAUAAAGUGGUGGGCUGGUUUACUCUUGUGGCUUCACUGGUUCUUCCCUUCGCCCACGCCCAUCGACCCAACAGUCACUACCUUCACCGCCUUGUGGUCAUCUUCCUCCAGUUCGCACCAACCUUCAUCAUCCUCACGAUCUCGUAUGAGGGACUCUUCUACUUCGCAUUCUGCCUCUGCCUCUUCAGCUGGAUGCACUUGGAACACCGCGUCUUCCUGUAUACGAGCAAAACGUUAGAACCGGCGUCUGCCACGACCAAUCCCCUCGAACCAGCCGUCGCAGCGGCUACAGAUCGACUGUCGUCGAUCAAGAAGGGCGAUUACCGCUCGCUCACACUAGCAGAUGCUCGGAUAGCUCUGUUCUUCUUUUUCUUCAUCCAGUCAGCCUUCUUCAGUACCGGCAACAUUGCCUCAGUAUCCUCCUUCUCUCUGGACGCCGUCUCCAGACUCAUCCCAGUUUUCGACCCCUUCUCCCAAGGGGCUCUACUAAUUCUCAAAAUCAUGGUGCCUUUCGCAGCACUAAGCGCCAACUUUGGGCUGCUCAACCGCAGGUUAGGCGUUGCACCAUCGGCGCUGUUCAUGGUGGUCAUGGCUGUUAGCGACGUCAUGACGUUGAGUUUCUUCUACAUGGUGAAGGACGAGGGAAGCUGGCUCGACAUUGGCACGACGAUCAGCCACUUUUUCAUUGCAAGCCUAUUAGGCGUUUUUGUCGCGGGCUUAGAGCUCGUCAGCGAGCAUAUCAUCGGAGGAGCGGAAUUCGAGCGCACUGAAAAGGAGGGACAGCUUGCCAACGGAGCGCACAAUGGGCGGGCGAAUGGGACUUCUAAUGGACUCGCGAAGUAGGCACGCGAUCGCGUCCCGGGUUGUGUAUACUAUACAAGGCUAUUACGACACAAGAGCGCAUUUGAAAGAUUCGGUCGCAUUUCCCUUGCUGAUGGUGUGCGGGUUCUGAGACUCGAGGUCACACGAGAGGACGGAUGAGGCGCCCCGCAGCAUGGCGGCGCACUGUGCACAGUACGUGAAUUUGUUGGCGGCAACGCGAUAUUCAAGGCGCAUCAGGACGCGCGACGAGGGCAGCGGAAAGGCAUGAGUUUGAGAUGGCGAAUCCAGAAUUAUUAAUGAUGGCG